UCCUCGCGUUGCUACUGAUCUAGCCUUUCCCCUUUGAACAGUCCGGUUCAGAAAGAUGGAACCGAAGUCUGCGAGCCUGUCCAAGGAAGCGGAGCUGGACUGGCUGAAGACGGUGGCUGAGCUGGCGGAGGAGAAGAACGCCAUUUUGACUCAGGAGCUCCAGCAGUUGGGGAAUACCCUGGUCGAGGAGGAGAAAGAACUGAAAAAGAUGGAAAGGAGAUAUGAGGAGGAAUCUGCGAAUGAUAAAGCCAUGGAGUCGUUGUUGUCGCAGCUGCCGAAAAAUAAUCUUCUAGAGAGGGGAAAGAAACUCCAAAAAAUCGCCAGCAAAGUUCUCCCGCCACCGAGCUACCACAGUGCGAGUCCAACCUGAACCUGCUGAGUAAAUCCACGGACGGUUACAUCAGCAAACUCACCCUGCAGAACGAGUCGUUAGGGGUGGCCUUUGCGGAGAAGAGGAGACACAAUGAACAGAUGAAUGAGUGGCGUCAACAGCUGAAGUCAUUGAAUAAAGAAUUAUCUGAAGUUGAACUGCUUGCAAAUCAAGCAGAGAUUGCAUUUAAAGCCCUGUCAGCUGCAAGAUAUAAUUAAUGAUUUUUUUUUUGUAUUUUCUCAAAGAAUUAAAAGCUAUUUUUUGUAUUUCAGGGUU